CCCGGCGGCGCAUGCGGCGCGGGGAGGCGGGGGAUGGCCGGACAUGGCGGUGCCGGCGCUGCGGCACUACCUGCUGCUGCUGGCGCAGGAGCACCUCGAGUUCCGCCUGCCGGAAAUAACAUCUUUGCUCUCACUUUAUGGUGGACAGUUCAGUGGUGAACAGGAAAUUCAUGUAAAUUCUCCAUUUUGGAUUCUUAAUAUUCCCUCAGAAGAGAUGGCAAGGGGACUAAUGAAACGGACAGUAUGUGCAAAGUCUAUAUUUGAACUGUGGGGUCAUGGAAAAUCUAUGGGGGACCUCUUUGCAUCCUUGAUGAACUAUCCAAUGGACAAGAUGCUUCCAUAUCUACAGGCAGACUCUACCUACAAAGUACAUAUUCAUACAUUUAAUAAAACACUGACCCAAGCACAGAAAAUAGAAAAGAUAGACGCUCUUGAAUUUCUGCCAUUCAAAGGAAAAGUAAAUUUAAAGAAUCCAGAACACAUCUUCUGGAUUUUGGAAGAUUAUGGAAUGAAUCCUAAUAAUGUUCCAGAAGAGCCCUUAUAUGUGUAUUUUGGUAGAUGGAUUGCAGAUGGCCAAAGAGAACUUAUCGAGUCCUACAGUGUGAAAAAGAGACACUUUAUUGGAAAUACUAGCAUGGAUGCUUGCCUGUCUUUCAUUAUGGCAAACCAUGGGAGAGUAAAACCCAAUGAUGUUGUAUAUGAUCCAUUUGUUGGAACAGGUGGCCUUCUAAUCUCCUCAGCACACUUUGGUGCAUAUGUGUGUGGUACUGAUAUAGAUUACAACACAAUCCAUGGAUUAGGCAAGGCAAGCAGAAAGAACCAGAAAUGGAGAGGGCCAGAUGAAAAUAUCAGAGCUAAUCUGCGACAGUAUGGGUUAGAGAAAUAUUACCUUGAUGCACUAGUUUCUGAUUCUUCACGACCAAUAUGGCGAAAAGGGAUGCUGUUUGAUGCCAUUAUUACAGAUCCACCAUAUGGUAUCAGAGAAGCUACUCGCAGAACAGGUUCACAAAAGGAAACAGUUAAGUCAGCUGAAAAAAGCACAGAAAAUCACAUCUUCGUUUCAUCCAGUUACCAUUUAAGCGACAUCUUUUUUGACCUAUUGAAGUUUGCGGCGGAAUAUCUGGUGAUGGGAGGAAGAUUAGUUUACUGGCUACCAAUUUACAGGCCUGAAUAUACAGAAGAGAUCAUUCCCCGCCACCCCUGCCUGAAACUUAUUAGCAACUGUGAGCAAAUGCUUUCCAGCCACACAUCAAGGCGCCUGAUAACCAUGGAAAAGGUGAAAGAAUUCAAGGAUCAAGAUGCAAAUUCUUACUUACUGGACGGCCAAUAUAUGCCAUACAGAGGACACAAUUCAUUCCGUGAGAAGUAUUUCAGUGGUGUGACAAAGCGGAUUGCCAAGGAAGAAAAAGACAAUCAGAAGUAAAAUAUAAAACAGAUUAAAAAAUGAGGAAAGAAUGAAGAUCAUGUUUCCUUGUAAGGACAUCUGGAUAUGAACAUUCAUUUGGAUGCUUCAGAAAAAUAAAUACUGCUUUUAAUUUUAAAACAAGAUUAAACCCACAACACAGGUUGAGAGCAGUUCUUUUUAAUUAGCUUUGUUUAUAGUGAAUUUUAUUGUACAAGUUUUUUGAGUCUUAUUUAAUUGAUAUUUGUACUUUCAAGUACUAAUGAUGAUUGACUGAAACCAUUAUUAUUGUUCUUUCACCAUUAACGUUUACAAAAAAGUGGUAGUAUUAUUUGGUUUCUUAAACUGUGAACAUCUGGGUGUUUUAGAAACACGUGGUGGUGAUCAAGGAUUUCUUAUUAAGAAGACAAUUUUGGUUUCUUUUGUCUUUUUGUAAAUGGUGUACAAUAAAACAAAAGAUUGUUGUGAGGUUUUUUUA